AUGGUGACGAGGGAACAUCGAGGGACUCGUGCCUGGGGUCCGUUGCGCACGUGCCUGUUCGUGUCGUCGUCGUGGUGGUGGUGCGGGAACGAAGGUGUCACCGAGACGCAAGCCUUGGUCUGGGGUAUACGAACCGUUCGUUCCAUACCGCCAAGUACCGCUAUUCACAGUCCAUCCGUGCUACGCAGCUCAGCCUGGGUUCGUCUCGGAUCGUUGUCACGACCUGCCAGGACUAGCGACAAUGAUGAUGAUGAUGUUAUCUCGGACAAGGAGCUAGUCCCUGUGCGGAGGCGAAGAGGAUCACGCGACUAUUACAACAACGAUGAUGAAACAACAGAAGCAGACAACGACUACUAUCGCAGAGACCGUACCGACAACGACAAUGAACCCAGUCAAGGCCGCUACUACGACGAUGAUUACGAGGACGACGAAUACGAUGUGGAGUUUGACGAAGACGACGACGACGACAAAUACGAUUUGUUUGCCAACGAAAUCAUUCCGAAUCCCCUCCUCGAUUCUAUCGAUCCCGACGGAGCCGCCGAUCGCUUUCCAGAACUCGCCAGGGACCCACGCUUUUGGUUUGAUAUGGUACUCUUCAUUUCCUUUCUCAACUUUUUGUCGGACCUUGGACCGAGGGAUCCGUUCCCCGACAUUCCCUUGUUUUGAAUCACGGGAAACUGGGUGAGACGACCAAUUAGUCUUGUAUACUUUCAGCUAC